UGAUAACCACUGUCAAUGACAACUGAUAACAACUGUCAUAUAAUAAAAUCUACCGCCGCGCCGGCUGAACUUCCAUCAGAGCAUAGAGAUAAGUUUGCAAACAGUUGGCAAGUGUGGUUUAAAAACCAGGAGCCUAAAUGUUUAUUUUUAAAAUCGCGAAUUUCUCUAAGCAAGUAGUGUAAAUAAUAAAAAUGAGUGGAAAUAUCAAUGAAAGUGAUAAGUUGAAGAGGAAAAGAGGAGUUGAAUUGGACGUCAUGACUUCAUACACAGGCGUUCCUACAGACGAGAACGAAGCCGAUCGCGACGAAAAGCCCUGGCAACGGGUCGUAUACGAGUUAACUAGAAAGGGGAAUCAUUUGUAUGAAACCGUGAGAUCAUUGCCGAGCACUCUUCUGAUAGUGCUGUUGGGAGUAUACCUUCUGCUCGGGUUCUUCACGCAGCUGGUCGAAGAUAGUAUGCCGGCAGUCGUCAACGAUGCUCAACUGGCCGAAGAUAGUUCAGACACCUUCAGCGAAGAGUCCGCGUGGAGGUAUCUCCACGAGAUAAUAGGACACAACGCUCGGGUGGCAGGCACACCCUACCAUCUCAACAAGACGGCUGACUUGAUGACGCUGCUGGACGGCAUGGCUGCCUCCUCACCAAACAUGCGAACUGAUUGGCAGUUAGCUUCAGGCGACUACGGUCUCAAAGGUCUAGUGAACUGGUACGACAACGCAUCUAACGUGAUCGCGGUAUUGGAGGGAGAGAGCGGGUUCGAAUCCAAUGGGUCCUCGCGCACUUCUGUACUCAUCAACUGUCAUUAUGACUCCGUGCCGUAUGCAUUGGGUGCAUCAGAUAACGCGGUAUUCUGCGCUGUGAUGGCCGAAACGCUCAACCGUUUGUCGAGAAGAACGAGAAAGUUCAAGAACAAUUUGAUUUUCCUCUUCAACGGCGCUGAAGAGAAUCCACUACAGGCAAGCCACGCCUUCCUUCAACAUCCGUGGGCUCACGGGAUCACCACAGUUAUAAACCUGGACGCCGCCGGGAUGAAUGGCAAAGCGUCUGUAUUUCAAAUAACAGAUCCUAGAGUCCUAGCUGCUUAUAAAAGGACAGUAUACAGACCUAACGCUCAGGGUCUGGCAGAGUUCGUCUUCUCUACCGGCAUCAUACCAUCAGACACGGAUUUCAGAAUAUGGAGAGACUUUGGUAAAUUUUAUGGUAUCGACAUGGCGUUCAAUAAGUGGGGCAGCGUGUACCACACGCGUUACGAUGCGCCGGAGUUGUUGCACGAGGGGGUGCUUCAGUGGGCCGGCAAUAUGUUGCUGCCUUUGGUGGCGGAGUUGGGUGAUAUGGAGGAGUUGCAGGAGAAGGCAGUCCCGACAGCGGCGGUGUACUACGAUUUCUUGAACUGGUUCCUAGUUACAUACUCGUUCCCGGCUUCGUACGCGAUCGACGUAUUCGUGUCGCUGCUCGCUUUUGUCAGCGUCGCGUACUACGUGUGGCUCGUGGGUCCUAGGAUGUCCACUAUCCACGGGUUGAUGUACGCGGUGUUGGGACGGCUGGCGGCCAUGGUCGCCGGCGUCGUGCCGGUAGCGAUUCUAACGCUCAUCAUGGUUGCGACUACCACGCAGAUGAGGUACAUGGCUUUGCCUUGGCUAGUGGUCCCUCUGUACUGGAUUCCGUACUUGCUAACCGCCGUCGCUGUGUCACAGGCGUUCGACGCGUGGAGAACUAAAACGGGUGGUCUAAACCGCAGCAUCCGCACUCUACAAGCGAUGGCGGCGACGCGUCUCAUCAUGGCUAUUCUAUUAUUGCUCCUGUGCUGCGUGUCGAGUCUUGUCAGCGUGCGGUACAUGGUAUCGACACCACUGACCGUCAUGGCGCUUAUGUCAUUAGUGUCGCUUACGGUCGUGCGGUAUAUUAGGUUGCAAGCUUGGCAACACCUGAUAAUGGAGAUGAUCUUGUCCCUGCCAUCAACGAUGUUCAUAAUGACGCUGGUGCUACGGUUCAACGCGAUCAUCCUCCCGGUGAUGGGCAGAUCGACAACAGACACUCCGGACCUCACCGUGGCUAUGAUCAACGUUGGGUUAGCCGCCUUAGUCUCGUGCACCGUGUCGGGAAUCGAACUGCUGUUCUCGCGCAAGCACCUAUGGGCGGUGUUGAGUGUGGUGGGGGUGACCUGCCUGGUGCUGAUGUUUAUCCCCUUCAGUCCGUACCAGGAUGAAGGACCCUCCACGCAGAGACAAUAUUGGUUUCAUUCGCAAAUAACUUCGUACAAUGCUCGAGGCGAGCAAACAGAGCAAACUUCAGGCAUAUUCGUGUCUCGCUGGGACGUGUACAACACACAGACGGUGGUGCCCGCGCUCACCGCGGCCGGCAUCAACCUCAACACGCGCACGAACUUCACGGCGGACUGCGAGCGGCAAGUGUACUGCAACCUGCCGCUGUUCAGAGCUACCUUAGGGGCGGACUUAUCUCGAGGUCUGUUCCUAUACACGGACCCGCCAGCGCCGUUCUCGCCAGCUGCGACUGCGGUCGCCACACGCGAUUGUCUGGGAGAGACUUGCAUUUACACCUUUACUAUGAUUGGCGCAAACCACAAUCUCUACACGAUAUGGCCGCGAGAAAACAUCAGGCUGACGUCGUGGUCGCUGGCCUCCCCCGCCGAGCCCAAACUCCACCUCCAGGACAGGCCUGUCUACGUGAUAUACCAGUCUACAGCGACGUACAGCGCCGAUGUACAGCCCGUGGUGUUCAGUGCCACUUUUAUUGUACCCUUAGCGCUCCAGUCUCGUCCCAUAAUGGACUUCUCUCACCAUUCGCACAAGAUCUUCCACCCUGAAGACUACACGGAGCAGUACAAGAAAAUAUUAGAAGCAAUGCCGGCAUACUUCAACAUCGCCACCUUCCAAACAUUCAGAAACAAUUAUGAAUUCUAAUGCCCAGGAAUUAAGAAUGCUAAUAAAUUGUUAUAAAUUUAAUAUUAGAGGCGAUAGUGAUACUUUGCCAGUAGCUAUUUGAUGAUUACGAAUUUUUGGUUAAAAUAUUGAGAACCUUGGUGUCCUUUAUUUAGGGCUGAUUUUAAAAUCAGGUAAAAUUUAUUUGUAUAUGUCGAAAAGGCUUUUAAUGAGCGUAGCCAAAAUAGUAACGAACGCCUGCUUUACGAAACGUCAUAAUAAUUGACAAAACUAAUGUUGCUAAUAUCAACGUAUUAUAACUCAGUCUAGUUAUAAUUUAUUUCAUGGUUAACGUUAAUCUGGCUUAAAAAAUCAGCCAUGAAGCCUCAUUUAGACUGAGAAAAUAUUGCCAGCAAUAAUUGUUCGCAAUUGUUGCUAGAAAUAUUCGUUUUUUGAAUAUCUGGCAAAAGACAUUAUACGUCAACGCGGACGUGAAUUGCAACACCAUUGCGCAUUCAUAGAAAAGAUACCUUUUUUACGCAAUAAUCCUGAGUAUAUAAGACUGCUGGUGUAGUUGUAUUACGGUAAUACUGCAGUGCUGAGGUCUGGGGUUCGACCCUCAGUUCGGGCACUGGAUUAUACUACUCAAUAUCAGCCCAGUAUGCAAUUUGUAUUCUAUGUGACGAUUCACCCAUAACAACAUCAAACGGAAUAAACACGGUGAAGAGUGCGUACCCUAGUUGCACCUCUGCCCCUUUGGGGAUAAAAGGUGUGCGUAUGUUUAAAUAACCAGUCUAAAUGAGGCAUGUUGGACGUAGAUAAAAAGUAUUCAGCCAAAAAAAAUGACACUCGAAAUAGUGAUUGAAGUUUAAAUCGCAUUUUUGCACAUUGAUAUUCUAUUUUAUAUCUAUACUAUUAUAUAAAGCUGAAGAGUUUGUUUGUUUGUUUGUUUGAACGCGCUAAUCUCAGGAACUA